AGAAGAAAGAAAGGAGGAAGCAGAAGAAGAAGAAGAAGAAGAAGGAGAAGUGCAAACAGUCGGUGCUGAGUGUUUCAGUGACAGACAGACAGACAGCUCCAUGGUGACUGAGGUGAGCUGCCAGCCGUGGGGGGAGCUGGGGGCCCGGGGCCCCGUGGACCUCUGGGUCCUCCGGUCCUCUCAGGUCCGGGUGGAGGUCCUCACGCUGGGAGGAAUCAUCAGGUCGGUGCUCUGCAGAGGGAAGGACGGCCAGAUGGAAGACGUCGUCCUGGGCUUCGACCACCUGGAAGGUUACGAGGCGGACCGGCGGUACCUGGGGGCCGUGGUGGGCCGCGUGGCCAACCGGAUCGCUGGGGGCCGCUUCACGCUGGAGGGGACGGAGUACCAGCUGCACGCCAACAACGGGCCCAACGCCCUGCACGGGGGCCUCCAGGGCUUCAACCAGGUGGUGUGGCUGGCUGCAGCAGUAGAAGGAGGAGUCCAGCUGAGUCUCACUAGUCCAGAUGGAGAUCAGGGAUACCCAGGGGAGGUGCAGGCCUCCGUCAGAUACACCCUGCAGGAGGAGACCCUGAGGGUGGAGUACCUGGCCCGCUCCACCAGGACCACGCCCAUCAACCUGACCAACCACGCCUACUUCAACCUCAGUGGACAGGGUGCAGCAGACAUCUACGACCACCAGGUGUCCAUCAGCGCUCCGUCCUACCUGCCGGUGGACGACUCCGUCCUUCCUACAGGAGAGGUCAGAGCGGUGGACGGCACGCCCUUUGACCUCCGGGAGCCGGCUCAGCUGGGCCCUCGGCUGGAGGAGGUCCCAGCGCCAGGCUUCGACCACAACUUCUGUCUGUCCUCACCUGGAGACACCUGGACAGAGAGACCUGCUGCCAGAGUGGUCCACCCAGCCAGUGGGCGGGUCCUGCUGGUCUCCACCAAUCAGCCGGGGGUCCAGUUCUACACCGCCAACUACCUGGACUGCUCCGGGAAGGGCGGGGCCAGGUACGGCAAACACAGCUCCUUCUGUCUGGAGACCCAGAACUGGCCUGAUGCUGUCAACCAGCCUGCGUUCCCUGACUGUCUGCUGCGUCCUGGUGAAGAGUACAGACAUGUAACCAGCUUCACCUUCACCACCGUCUGACCGUCGGACCUGCAGCACUUCUAAAGGAUCAAUAAUUAUCAUUAUUACUAAUAGAUCAAUGUAAAUAUAAUCAUGUCUCAUAAUGAUCAGCAGCAGUGCCUUUAACGGUUAUACUAUGUCUAACUGUGUAAUUUGAUGCAGAUUUUUGUAAUAUGAAGAAUUGUCCCUGAUGUUUGAUCCUGUGUCGUUAUUACAAUAAAUAAAAAUGAAUCAAGAGUCUCUGACA